AGUCCGCCUUUUCCCCGCCCACCAACGCCUCCUGGGACUUCUCGGGGAGCCACGCGAGAGCUGGCUGUUCCGGGACUGACGUGCCCCCCCCCUCCCCAGGCCGGCAGCGGGCUGUGCCAGCGGCCCGCCGCGCCCCCGGCGCCAGCGUGAGGCGAGCGGGACAUGGAGGAGAUCUGUGGGGCUGGGGCCGCCGCGCCCCUGAGGGGAGACGUGGAGGAGCCCAAGCAGGGGUCGGUGUUGUUCCUUGGAGGCAAUGAAGUGAAAAGCAGUGCUGUGGUGAAGUACUCCUCUGCCCCACCACAAGCAGCAUUUGCCCGUCUUCAGGAGAAGACAGACCUGAAACUUCCACCUGCCAAUUGGUUACGUGAAAGCGCUAAGCUGGGACCAGCAGGUACAACCAUUCUUGGCAACAACAAGAAAAGUAAACCCUUUUCAAGCUUUGGGAUGGCCUAUGACUUCAUUGACUCAGUUGGAAAUGAUGUGGAUGUUGUAUCUGAUUCAGAGAACAUUAAGAAGCUUCUAAAGAUCCCUUACAGCAAGUCACACGUGAGCAUGGCAGUACAUCGCAUUGGGCGGACGCUGCUCUUGGAUGAGCUGGACAUCCAAGAACUCUUCAUGAGAUCAUCUCAGACUGGGGACUGGACAUGGCUGAAAGAGUUUUAUCAAAGGCUGAUUGAUCAGAAGUGGCAACGGAAAAAGAAGAGUAAAGAACACUGGUACCAGAAGGCUAUACUCUCUAAAUUUUUGUAUUACAGCAUUAAUGGUGAUGGAGCUGCACAGCCUGUUCCUUCCACUUCCAAGCAGCACCAGGAGGGUCCUGUUUCAGGUGAGAGUGAUGAAGCAGGAGGGGCCUCCUGGCCGGCUCCUUUUGAAAUGCCUUCUUCGUUAUCUGAAGAUCCAGGUGCCUCUAACCAGGGAAGUGUGCCUCUUGAACCCUCAUAUAUAGUGGGGCAUGUGGCCUCAGCCCCCAAAGAACAAAACCUGACUACUUUGUUCAAUGACGGGGAAAACAGUCAGGGCCUCAAAAAUGACUUUGUCCGUAAUAUCUUGUGGACCUUUGAAGACAUCCACAUGUUAGUAGGAUCAAAUAUGCCUAUAUUUGGAGGUGGGAGAUACCCUGCUGUGAGCCUGCGUCUCAGGGAUAACAACAAGCCAAUAAAUGUGCUAACAGGAAUUGACUAUUGGUUGGACAAUUUAAUAUGCAACGUACCAGAGCUUGUGAUGUGCUUUCAUGUAAAUGGAAUUGUUCAGAAAUAUGAAAUGAUCAAGACUGAAGAUAUUCCCAAUUUGGAAAACUCUAAUUUUUCUACCAAAGUGAUAAAAGAUAUUGCUCAAAAUAUCUUAUCUUUCCUGAAAUCAAACUGCACCAAAGAAGGCCAUACAUAUUGGUUGUUUAAAGCAAGUGGGAGUGAUAUAGUAAAGCUCUAUGACCUAACCACGCUCUGUGAAGAGACAGAAGACAAAUACCAAAACCCUUUUACAAUGCCAGUGGCAAUUCUUCUAUACAAAGUUGCUUGCAAUAUGAUGUUGAAGAAAAACCAGAACAAGAAACACUAUGGCACUAUCAGAACAUUGCUCCUUAAUUGUCUGAAGCUACUGGACAAUGGCAGACAUCCUCAAAUUAUUGCUUCAGCAAACUACAUGUUAUCAGAGCUUUUUCAGUUGGAUGAACCUAAAAAAGAAGACAGUACAGACUUCCCUAUCAAUGGAAAUUCUGAUGAAAGUUACAGUGAGGAAGAGGAAGAAAUGCCAGACAGCGAUGAAAAUGGCUCUUACAGUAACAGCUCUGAUCCACCAGAUGACAAUAAAGCAGUGGCUAUAAUCAAAUCUGUUGGAGAGUUAUCAGUACCAGAGAAGUACAAGUCUGUUCAUCGAAUACGUCCGAGCUGUGCAUUUCCUGUCUGCCAUGGCACUGAAGAGCGCUGCAGGCUGGUGCUCAACUAUGUCCUGGAGGGCUUGAAGUCUGUUGACAGCAGUAUUAAGAAGGAGAGUGACCUUCCUGCAGCUGACCCCAGCACUCCAAUCCCCUUGAAAUAUGAAGAUGAAUCCACCAGCGGUGGUCCCGAGUGUCUGGAAAAACAGAUGGCUUUAUUUUUAGACAAAAUGGGCUCGUUUCAGAAGGGGAAGCAUUCCAGUCAGUCAGGAAUGAUUCCUGGAUCGUGGCAAUAUAAAAUGAAACUCCAGCUCAUUCUGAAAUCCUCAAAGGCUUACUACGUCCUGUCUGAUGCUGCCAUGAUUCUACAGAAGUAUGGGAGAGCCUUACGAUACAUCAAGCUGGCAUUGCAGUGCCAUGAUACGUACUGUUGCCUCUGUGCCAGCAUGCUUCCUGAAGUGUUGGUGUUUCUUUGCCAGUGCUUAACCCUUUGUGGAGAUAUCCAACUAAUGCUUGCUCAGAAUGCAAACAACAGAGCAGCAUAUCUGGAAGAAUAUAAUUACCAGACGAAAGAAGAUCAGGAAAUACUACACAGUCUUCAUAGAGAAUCCAGGUGCCAAGUCUUUGCCUGGGCUACAGACUUGUCCACAGACUUGGAAUGCCAACUCUCUGUCAGCUGUAAAUGCUACGAAGCUGCUUAUGAAAUUCUACUUUUCAGCAAUUUAAAAAACCAAAACCCAGAGCAGCAUGUACAGGUACUGAAGAGGAUGGGCAACAUCAGGAAUGAGAUUGGAGUGUUUUACAUGAACCAGGCUGCUGCAGUGCAGACCGAGAGAGUGGUGAGUAAAACUGUAUCGACGACCGAGCAGCAGCUCUGGAAGAAAAGCUUCUCCUGCUUUGAAGAAGGAAUCCAGAACUUUGAGUCGAUCGAUGACGCGACCAACGCAGCUCUUCUGCUCUGCAACACGGGAAGGCUGAUGCGGAUUUGUGCUCAGGCCCACUGUGCAGCUGAAGGGGACUUCAAAAGAGAGUUUUCCCCAGAAGAGGCUCUUUAUUAUAAUAAGGCUAUUGACUACUACCUGAAGGCAUUAAGAUCAUUGGGUGCGAGAGAUGUGCAUCCAGCUGUCUGGGACUCUGUGAAUUGGGAGCUGUCUACUACCUACUUCACUAUGGCCACUCUGCAGCAGGAUUAUGCUCCGUUAUCUAGAAAGGCCCAGGAACAGAUAGAGAAAGAAGUUAGUGAGGCCAUGAUGAAGUCCUUGAAAUAUUGUGAUGUUGAUACAGUGUCUGCACGACAGCCUCUCUGCCAGUACCGGGCUGCAACCAUCCACCACAGGCUGGCUUCAAUGUACCACAGUUGCUUGAGAAACCAGGUUGGUGAUGAACAUCUGAGGAAGCAACACCGUGUACUGGCUGAUCUCCAUUACAGCAAAGCAGUACGACUCUUCCAGCUCUUGAAGGAUGCGCCCUGCGAGUUCCUUCGUGUGCAGCUGGAAAGAGUGGCAUUUGCAGAAUUCCAGAUGGCGAGUCAGAACAGCAGUGCUGGGAAAUUAAAGACUCUGUUUGGGGCACUGGAUAUAAUGGCAAAGACCAAGGGUGCAUUCCAGCUCAUCAGAAAGGCGCUUGUGGCAGAAAGUGAACAGAUAAGUGAGGGUAAAAGUGCUGCUGAGAACAUGUCACCUACUGAUUCCUCCACCAGCCUUAACAAAGAAGAAGUGUUGAAACUCCUCAGUAUUUUUGAGUCCAGAAUGUCAUUCCUCCUCCUCCAAUCCAUUAAGUUGUUAACUUCAACCAAAAAAAAGAUUGGUAGGGGCAUUAAUGAAGAAGAAGCUGCUCUUCAAACCAACAAGCAGGUUUACUCCCUGCUCCUGCGGGCAACUGCCAACCGAAGCCUGACUCUGCUGGAGCGGGUGGAAGUGAUCCUGAGCUUACUGGAGCAGCUGACCCAGAAUUCCAACACUGGCAAUGCAGGAAUCCAGUGACAGACAUGCUCUGGAACAGCCCAACAGUGCCUUGCUCCACAUGGGAUUGGUGGUAUUGUAUCUUUUCCCAUGUGAUAUCCCUAUCUAUUGCAGGUGGUAAUAGCGCCUGCGUUAUGAUGUUGUACAUGUGGGAAAGAGCAGGAAUUCCUGUUUAUCCCACGAGCCCUCUGCAGUGGUGUUUCUUUGUCUGAAGUGCCACAUUUGGGUUCUGCAUAGAAACAGAAACACUUCUCAUGUUGGAGAAAUUCCCUAUUUUUCAGAUAAGGGGCUUUGCAGUGAUAUCAAUGUCUUGCAUACAGAUGUAAUCUCACAGUUGCUCUGGGUUGGUAUUUCAUGGAAUACACUUUGUAAGCAAGGCUGGAUUGAAACACUUUAACCCAUAAUGUCAGCUGAAGCUGUACAAGGAAAUUUCUGUUGCAUAUGUGGACAUACUAACUACUAGUAGUAGUCUCCUGCACAGAGAUGUGUGCUUUUUCAGCUGUGCUGCAGGACUGCCAAAUAGUGGCCAUCACUGGGCUUUACUCCAGCAAGUUGAGUGGGUUUAGCUGUGUUGGGAUUGAUUAAGAAGAGUAUUAUUAUGUUUUUCAGACUUGAAACUGUGAAUAAAUGAGAGCAUAUUUUUAAAUAAAAUUUAUUUAUUAAAUAUAAACUGCUGCAUGGGUCUGCCUUGGGGUUACAGCUCUCAUCAGAGCAGCAACUGCUCAACAGAGUGAAAACUAUUUGAAAGGCAGCAGGGGCUCGAAAAAAGUCUAAAAUCAGUCAUUUGGAGAAUCCCAGAAUCCCAGCCUGGUUUGUGUUGGAAGGGACCUUAAAGCUCAUCCAGCUCCAAGCCCCUGCCACGGGCAGGGACACCUUCCACUAGAGCAGGUUGCUCCGAGUCCCUGUGUCCAACCUGGCCUUGAACACUGCCAGGGAUGGGGCAGCCACAGCUUCUCUGGGAAAAGUCUGUGCCAGCGCCUCAGCACCCUCACGGGGAAGAGCUUCUGCCUCAGAGCUCAUCUCAGUCUCCCCUCUGGCAGGUUAAAGCCAUUGCCCUUGGCCUGUCCCUACAGGCCCUUGUCCAAAGCCCCUCUCCAGGUUUCCUGGAGCCCCUUUAGGCACUGGAGCUGCUCUAAGGUCUCCCCUUCAGGAGCCUUCUCUUCUCCAGGCUGCCCCAGCCCAGCUCUCUCAGCCUGGCUCCAGAGCAGAGCUGCUCCAGCCCUGGCAGCAUCUCUGUGACCUGUUCUGGACUUGCUCCAACAGCUCCAUAAAUACUCUGAGGUCCAUACUGCUUCUGAGAUUCUAUUUCAUGCUAAGAACUGGAACUGCUUUAGAAAGCAAAAUGGCUGUUUUAUCGUGUCCAGGCUGACUGAUGCAUCCACACGCGCAACUUGACGUGACUUCAGUUCACAGGAACAUAAUUGGGCUCAGAUUAAGUCUUACUCUGGGUAUGGAACAUCUCACCUAAUUGGGAAUUCAGGUCACAGACUCAGAAUUAAGCUAAUAGAAAUUUACAGCAAAUGAGGAUUUCUCUGUUAGUCUGCGAACCUCAGCACUGCACUGAAUGACUUUCAUGGGGAUUAUAAUUAAGUUUAUUAUGAUUUAAAUCUGCACUGAAUUCCUCAGCAUUAGCAGAAGGUAGCGGUGGUGCUAAAUGGGAUUAUUUUUUCCCUUUCCCAGAUAAACAAUUCAAGCAUAAACCACAUCCAAACCAGACACCUCUAAGACCAUUAUUAACUAUGAUAAGUCAGUUUAUUUCUCUGUUAAUAAACCCUCCUCCUUUACAGGAAUAGAAACCAAAACCUCAUUUGUAAGACCCUGCACUGGAAGGAUAUGGAGCAGCAAUAGCUGACCUGCUUUUAGCUCCACAUGGUGCAGCUUCACCCUUAGAAUGGUCUUAUUCCACUGAGGAUCUACAAUCAUCAUUUUAAUAUCAAUAUUGGAAAAGCAGAACAAUGAGCAAGUGAGCUUUACAACAGGAACCACUUUGUUGUAUGUAUGGUUUUCAUCUAUAAAAGAGUAGGAUGGGUGCAGAACUGAUUCUAUAGGGAAAUGAAAACCUUACCUGGUGUGUAGGUGAUACACUCAACUCAUCUCACUCUACUCUGAGGCAGAUCAGCCUCUCACAAGGAGCUUUCAAGGAACACCCACAUAAAAUAUAUACACUGCACACAUGAGAGAAGGGGAAUAACCACAUGCUUUUAGGGAUGCUGGACAAAGCCUGGAUUUCUUCCACAUUUAGGUGCCAGCUUCUCACACCAGAUUCUGAUAAGGACAGCGUUGCAUAUCCCUGAAAAACACUUUCUUGCAGGACAACAGGUCUGCAAACAAACCUUCUGCAGCGCCCAGUUCGCCUUCAAAGUCACACUGUGCUCAUUUAGGUACAGAGCAGUUGUGUAAGUGAAGAGCUUUCUGGAUGCCAAUGGCGAGGUCCUGGGGAGUGGGGCUCUCUGCAGUGCAGCUCACAGGGAUCCCUGCUGCUUCCAUGGCUUCGGCUGUCGUUGGACCGAUGGCAGCAAACUGGAAUGAUGAUAUUUACAACAGUGAGGUUGGGUACAGCAUCAGCUCUGAUGAGUUACUGAGGUACGCAUCCUCCCUCCCCUGCUGCAGUGUCACUGUAUCACCCUACGUAGCUAAGCUUACUAAAGCUUUUAACCAUUUCAGGAUGAAGAAUCUCAGUGUUAAAAACCACCCAUCAGUGGAGACUGGGUAAGUCAGCUGGA